UUGAAUUUAAUCACCAGAAUAUCAAGAGAGACAAGAAGAGGUUUCUACCUUCAGAUGUCUGCAGCCGGGCCGGGCCGAGGAGUCGUCGCUUCUCUUUUCUCCAACAUGACAACGGCUGAUUUAUCCUAGAAAAUAUCAAGAAAGAGACACAGAUCAGAGAUUUCCCUCCUUCAGAUAGAAAACAGUGAGAAACAGUGAUGUCGAAGCUGCUCUGUCCUCUGCUUCUCCUGACUCUGCUCCCAGCUGUGGUUCCCCUCUUCUGUUACACGUGCGUGUUUCCGGCCAUCUCGCCUCUGGACUGCAUCAGGUACCCCAUGAAGUGCCCCCCGGGGCAGCUGUGCCUGUCCAGCCGGGCCGUGGGCCAGAAAGGGGACUUCCGGGUGGUGCUGUACGAGAAGAGCUGCGUCCUGCCCGCGCUGUGCGGAGUCACGGGAGAAAAGUACGCAAUGGGCCUGAACUUCACCUUCACCAACGAGUGCUGCAACACGCACCUGUGCAACGAGGCGGCUGCAGCCCCGGCCGCCCUCUGCUGGACGGUCACGCUGCUCGCCCUCCUCUCCCUGCAGUCAGCCUGGUGACCGCAACCACUCCGACGCGAGGAGGAUGUAACCGCAUCUCCCUGAUGCCAUUUCUACUGUUUUUAUCCGAGUUGUGUUGAAAUAAACUUCUAUAAUCUC